AUGGCGUCUCCACCGAAAAUUGAAGAACUUUUCAAAAUUGACGGUUAUUUGCGUGACCACAAGGACGAGAUCUGCAGACGUUACGGCGUCUUCCAGGAUUAUCUCAAGAAAAUUGAAGAGGUUGGCGGAAAAACUUUUCAAUUAUGAUCUAAGAUAAAUGAGGGAGUGAACCCUCAAACUACUACAAUUUCACCAGAUAAUCAUCUAAUUUUUAGUGCGGUGGCAUGGAGCAUUUCACGACAGCCUACCGUCAAUUUGGCAUGAAUGUCCAGGAAGACAACUCCAUCAAUUGUUUGGAAUGGGCUCCGGCUGCCGAUCGCUUGGCUCUUGUUGGAGACUUCAGUGAGUUUUUUACCUGAAUAUUUUGACCGAAUCUCCGGAAAGCAGUCAAAUCUCUUCAGAUCAGUGGAAUCAGGAUUCUCACGUGUACAAGCGCGAGGAACACGGAAAAUGGUCCUUGGUGAUUCCUGCAAAGCCUGACGGCUCCUGCGCCAUUCCUCAUGGCUCCUUCCUCAAGGUACCGAGUUCAUCCCUCUGGAAAAGAGAAUUCGUCAAAAUAUUUCAGACGGCUGUGACCUAUCAAGGCCAAACAAACUUCAAACUCAGUCCGUGGGCCACCUAUGUAACUCGUCCCAAGAGCGACUGCGUCAUUUAUCAUCAGGUAAACACGAAUUCUGAAAUAAAAAGCCAAUCAACUUCAUAUUUUAAUGUUUCAGGAAUUCUACAAUCCUUCAGAAACGUACAAGUUCAAGCAUCAGAAGCCGAAUCGUCCCGAGUCAUUGAGAAUUUACGAAGCUCACGUCGGUAUAAGCAGCUCCGAAGGAAAAGUCAACACUUACCGCGCAUUUGCCGAUGAGGUCUUGCCAAGAAUUCACAACCAAGGUGGGUAAAUGAAUUUGGUAUCUUAAUACGUCUGACGAUUUUCAUGAAGUUUUCUGAGAAAAAUCUGAAAUAUUCCCACAAAGUAACGAUUUGCAGGAUACAACACAGUGCAACUGAUGGCCGUCAUGGAGCACGUUUACUACGCAUCCUUCGGCUACCAAGUGACCAACUUUUUUGCUGCGUCGAGGUAACACCGUCAUCAUUUUAAUACUUUAACAUUUUUCAGCCGCUGCGGAACUCCAGACGAUUUGAAAUAUCUCGUCGACAAGGCUCAUUCCCUCGGCAUUUUUAUACUUCUCGAUGUGGUAAACGGUUCUCUGUUGAACCCUAAGCGGAAAAACUUUUCUAGGUUCAUUCACAUGCGUCAAAAAACGUCGAAGACGGUUUGAAUGAAUGGGAUGGCUCCAAGGCUUGUUAUUUCCACGGAAACUCCCGCGGAUAUCACUCCUUGUGGGAUUCGAGACUUUUCGACUACACUCAGUGAGUAUUUGAGUCAAUAGAAAAUAAGAAAUGAAAGUUUAGAAUCGAGACUCUUCGGUUUUUGCUCUCCAAUCUGCGCUGGUGGGUGGAAGAGUUUGGCUUUGAUGGCUUCCGAUUCGAUGGAGUUACGUCGAUGAUUUACCAUUCGCAUGGAAUUGGUUCGAUGGAUAGCUAAAACAAAGGGGAAAUCGUUUUUCAGAUGAUUCUUUUGCCGGCGGAUAUCCUAUGUACUUUGGUUUGAACGCUGACACGGACGCUUUGGUCUAUCUAAUGAUCGCGAACGACUUUUUGCAUAAGAAAUUCCAACAAAUAGUCACCAUCGCUGAGGUUAUUACUUUCCAAAAAAAAGUUGGAAUUGAAAGAUUGACCAAAGAUAAAGAUUGUUUACUUUUCUUAAUUCUAGGAAGUUUCCGGGAUGCCAGCUCUCUGCCGACCAAUUGAAGAAGGUGGCCAAGGAUUUGAUUAUCGAUUGGCAAUGGCAAUACCUGAUAAGUGGAUCAAGCUCUUAAAGCAUUCUCGCGAUGAGGAUUGGAAAAUUGCAGACGUUAUCCACACGCUCGAAAAUCGAAGGUUUUGUUGCAUCUUUUUCGAAAAAAAUAGUACUUUUGCUCAGAUACGCUGAGAAACACGUCGCCUAUGCAGAAUCGCAUGACCAGGCUUUGGUAGGAGACAAAACGAUUGCUUUCUGGCUGAUGGACAAAGGUGAUCAAAAGUGAAAUUUCUUUCGCAUACGCUCGCCUAAUCAAGAUCUAGCAAAAUACUUCAUUUUUCAGAAAUGUACGAUUUUAUGUCGGUCGAAUCUCCAUUGACGCCAAUUAUCGACCGUGGAAUCGCGAUGCACAAGCUUAUUCGGCUCAUUACCUAUGGUCUUGGAGGAGAAGCUUGGCUCAACUUUAUCGGUGAGGGCUCCGUUAACUUCUGAACUCAUGAAUUCUUCUCCAGGCAAUGAGUUUGGCCACCCGGAAUGGUUGGACUUUCCUCGCGUUGGAAAUCAAGAAUCUUUCCAUUAUGCUCGGCGGCAGUUCAACUUGGUCGAUGCAAGUUAUUUGAGGUUUCAAUGAAAUAGAAUAAAACCAUCCACUUUUUAACAUUUCAGAUACAAGUUCCUCAACAACUGGGAUCGGGAAAUGAACGGGCUCGAGGAAACGUCUGGCUUUUUACACAAAGGAUAUGUAUGAAGAUUGAAAAUGACUGAAAUUAUGAGAAAAUCUAGGCGCAUGUUUCCUGGACGCAUGAAGACGACAAAGUUGUGGCUUUCGAACGCGGCGGUCUUGUGUUUAUUUUGAACUUCCAUCCCAGCAAAAGCUUUGCAGAUUAUACAGUUGGAGUGGAGGUCCCUGGGGAGUGAGUAGUUUUUUAUUCAGAUAAAAAUGUCGCCGAUUUGGGAAAAGUUUAAAAUCCUUCGAAGCCCCUAAUAAUCUCCGCAAUGGAAAUAACCUUCCAUAAACAGACGAUGAGCAGUGAUAAAGUUUACUUUAAAUUAUUCGCUAAAAUUAGCAAAAAUAUACUCUGAAACUUUUUGGUUUUGAAUUACAGAGAUUUUCUUUCUUUUUUGAGUCAUGGAUUUUUGCGCUAGUUAUGAGAAAAAAUCCGCGUAUUUAAAUGACAUCACGUUACUGAGCGCAAAUAAAUAAUAAUCCGUUUGUUAUCCGAUUCAAGAGUUUAUGAUACCUUUUUAAAAACUUCACGGCCUCAAAAAAUAAUUUAUUUGUCGAUAGGAGCCUUGAGGUCAUGAAUUAAUCAAAACCAAACACAAAUUCGACUGGAACACAGCCUCUUUUCAAACUUCUUUGAAAGAAACUUUGCUUAACUUAGCUCUCAACUCAGGUACAAAAUUGCACUGAACAGUGAUGACGCCGAAUUUGGCGGGCACAGCCGCGUCGACAACAGCACGAAGUUUGUCACUUCUCCGGAACCGUAUGCCGGCCGCGCCAACCGCAUUCGAGUAUACAUCCCCACACGCACGGCUUUAGUCCUCAGCAAAUCCAACUAA